UGUAUUUUAAGCCGAAACUGUCCUCGGUGGCCUUACAUUAAAAUGGAAAUUUGUAAGAGUUUUCAAUCGACCGGACUGUUGAUCCAGUGUCCCUGCAUCAGAAAUCAUGCAGUCAGACUCCCGUCCCCUCGUUCCACAUCACAGCCAGGUGUCAAGUACUGAGCUUUCCUGCCUCCAGAGAGGCAGAAUCAUCAUCAGCUGUGACAGCGCAGAGAGAGGACAAUAAUGGGGCCCCAUGGCAUCAACCGUGCUGUGGAGAGAAUAGAGUUUACAGACUGUAAAAAAGGACUUGGUGUGAAGAUUAUUGGGGGCUACAGGGAGCAGAGCGGUGAAGAGUUCGGUAUUUUCAUUAAACGAAUUUUGCCAGGUGGUAUGGCGGCACAGGACGGGCGUCUUAGAGCAGGGGACCUCAUUUUAGAUGUCAACAACAUGAAUUUAGGAGGUGUUACAAAUGAAAAGGCAGUGGAGGUUCUUCGCAUGGCAUCAGCUUCAAAUCACAUGUCUUUACUGAUAGUACGUGAUGACUCUUCCAGGAGGGAAUUCGCUGAGUUAAUGGAAAAAUAUGGCUCCAGCAGUAGUACCAGUUCUGGAUCAGACAUCUCUAUUUCCACAGGAAAGAUCACAGACACUGCCUCCUCCUCCUCAUCUUCCAGAUCAACCAGUCCUCUGCUUCUGAGCCCUAAAGAUCCAAACCCAGUAUACACCACUGCCUGCAUUACCUCCCCACCUCCACAAGUCUGCACAGACUGUAUGAUUCAAUUGAUAUGUGUUGCCAAAGGGACUGGAUUAGGCUUGGUCAUCAGGGGUGGAGCUAACCGUGCAGAGGGGCCAAUGGUGUACGUUCAGGAAAUAAUACAAGGAGGUGAUUGCCAAAAGGAUGGGAGACUAAAGGCUGGGGACCAGCUCAUAUCCAUCAAUAAGGAGUCACUCAUUGGAGUAACACAUGAAGAAGCCAAAACCAUACUUACUCGAACAAAACUCAGACCAGACCCCACAGUAGAAAUAGCAUUUAUCAGACGAAGGUCUUCGUCAGGCUCCAGCAGUGGACCCCACAGCCCCAUCUCCCUUCAGCCUCCCUGCAGUUCAGCCCACCAACUUAGGCCCGCAGGGCUGGGGGGAUCAACUCUGCCUGGAGGUCUCGUUCCUAAAAUAGCCAACAGCCCCAACUCUGGAAGUGAGACAUUGCCUUCUGUAGAACUUACUAAGACUUCUUUCGUACAGGUACGACCAGCAACAGCAAAGCCUAAUUUCACCCCCGUGUCCUCACCUGAGAGUGCCUGCACCACAGUGGCCAACUCUGAUGCAACCGCUGCCUGUAAUCCCAGCAAUACCUGCAGACCCUCGAAACCUCUAUCUUCGACUCCCAGCUUGGAUCUCAAGCCCGAGAAAACAGAGCAGGCACUGGAGGUGCAGGGAUUGAAGCCUACUGAGUCUCAGGUCCUGACUCUGAGAGAAAGGCUGCGUUUGAACCCAGGAGGGACAGUGGCUUAUGGAGAUUUUGACAGAGUGGCAAAGGAACUCUUCAAACUACCAGCCAAAUCUGACUCAGAACAGGAAGUAGCAAGAUUGACAUUAGAUGAUCUCACUGAGUCUCCAUCAAACCCUACGCCAUCACUAUCAGACUCUGACGAUCUGGAUGAGAUGGAGCGACUAAGAAAAGACCACAUUGAGGCCUUGAGAGAGCUCCAGAGAAUGCAGGAUAAGCUGGCAGAAUCCGAGAGCCUUAAUCAUAAGAUGCUGCAGGAACUGACAAAAGUUAAACAGGAAGCAAAAUCUGCAAUGGAGGAGAGUCGAUCCAUGCGGACCCGGAUCCAUCUGGCAGAGUCAGCUCAGAAGCAGGCCCGGGGAAUGGAGAUGGACUACGAGGAGGUUAUCCAUCUCCUGGAGGCCGAGAUAGCUGAAAUGAAGUCUCAGAACACUGAGCAACCCGGUCGUGGAAAGGAUGAUCUGCAAGACAUGAAAAAAAGGAUUUCUGCACUCGAAUGCCAGCUACGGAAGAGUGAAACUGCAAAGAAGGGUUUCGAAGUCUCCACUGGUAAACUUCUACAGUUUGUGGAGGCUGUCCAAGGCUUUUUGUCUGAAAACCAAAGCGGUUCAAGGGGCUAUAGUUCUCCCAGCGAUCCAAAGUUGGCCAAUCUGUCUCAGACCUUGCCAUCUCAAGGUGGGAAGAAACCACCCUGGACAGCAUCUGGUCUUGCAGUGGAAGCUAAAGAACUAACUAAUGCUAUCAGAGGCAUUCUUGAGCUAGACUGUUUACCUUUUGGCUGGGAUGAGGCGUACACUGCUGAUGGAGUGAAGUACUAUGUAAAUCAUGUGACUCAGACAACAUCAUGGACUCAUCCUGUCAUUAGAUCUUUGGGUCUGUCAGAACCAGAAGCAAGUGACCAAACCCUGAACUCUCCAGAAUCCACAGCCUAGACUGAAUCCAAAGACUGAAUCUUCUGCCACUUUCUGCCCAACUGUUCGGUUACAAAAAAAUGAAAACAACACAGCAGCAUAUAAACAUUAAGUGAUAUGUGCAUUAUAAAAAGACAAUGAGAAAAAAAAUCAUCUCAUUUGUUAAAUGAAAAUCUAUACUCUCUCAGGAAAAGGUACCAAACUGUCACUGGGUUGGUAACCUUUCAAUAGUACUAAUGUACACUUAACGUACUGAUAUGUACCUUUAUGGUACCAAUAUGCUCUAUUAAAGUACUAAUUAUGUACCUUAAGUCAUCAAUGAAAGAAUUUGAAAAUAAAUAGGGGUAAGUAAGAUACAAUA